AUGUCCUCUCGCACAUCCUUAUCGCAGAAGGAGAAGGCUGAGGCAUAUGACAUGGAGAGCCAGUCUCCGGUUUCCAAGGCCAAUGGUGGCAUUACCGAGCUGAUGGCCGUCCAGGACGGCGAGGUUCAUCAGAAGGGCAGCCGCCAAAAUCCAAAGUGGUUUCAACGGCUUCUCGACGCCGGUGUGGAGGAGAAUGGUAUUCGACCAGUACCCAUCGAAGAGCGAACCAAUGAGAACUACAGCAACCUCUUCACUGUCUUCUUCUCUAGCUUGCUUUGCUUGCUUCCGAUUCCCACCGGAGCGCUGGCCACCGCCCAGCUGGGCCUCAGCCUCAGAGAUGCGUCGCUGGUAAUCAUUUUCUUCGCGGCCUUGACGAUCAUGCCUCCGGCGUUUAUGGGUAUCGCAGGCUCCUAUACUGGAUUGAGACAACUUGUGCAGGCCAGAUAUUCGUUUGGAUAUUACCUUGUUGGUGUCCCCCUUCUUCUGAACGCUGCAACGGUGACUGGGUUUUCUCUGUCCUCUGCGAUUGCUGGAGGACAAACCCUCGCAGCUGUGAACCCGGGCCACAUUGAUGUCAAGGUUGGAAUCGUCAUCACGUGCCUCGUCAGCUUCGCUGCCUCUUUCAUCGGAUACCGAGCUCUCCACAUGUGGGAGAGAUGGCAGUGGCUCCCAAGUCUCAUAGCCAUCGUCAUCGCGGUAGGACUGGGAGGGAGGAAUCUGUGGAAACAGGCUGAGGUGCCAUCUGCGACCGCGUCGCAGAUUCUCAACUAUGGGGGUCUGAUGGCCGGUUACUUCAUCACAUUCGGUGGGAUUGCCUCGGACUUCACGGCAUAUCAUAACCCGAACAAGACAACCAAAUUCCGGAUAUUCUCAUACAUUUACCUCGGGAUCUUUUCUCCCUCGGUACCCCUUCUCAUCUUGGGUGCGGCAAUUGGUGGUGCGCUCAACAACGUCCCGGAGUGGAAGGCAGGGUGGGAUGCCUACGGUAUCGGUGGCGUCAUGGCUGCAAUGCUGGCGCCUGCUGGCGGUUUCGGGAAGUUUCUACUUGUGGUCCUCGCCCUGACUGUCAUCGGCAAUAUCGCGACUUCCAUGUACUCAGUUGCGCUAUGCAUGCAGAUGAUGCUGCCAGUCUUCACCAAGGUACCACGCGUCGUGUUUAUCAUUGUCGCCCUGGGUAUCAUGAUACCCAUGGCUAUUCGCGCUGCUGAAGCAUGGGCCGACUCGCUCGAGAACUUUUUGGGAUUGAUCGGAUAUUGGGCGGGCUGUUUCGACGCCGUCAUAAUCGAAGAGUUGGUCAUCUUUCGACGCAUGAAAUACGACUCCUAUGACCAUGGCGCAUGGAAUGUCGCUCGCAAGCUGCCUUCUGGGUUUGCUGCGAUCGGAGCGAGUCUAUUGAGCUUCGGGUUGGUGACACCAGGAAUGGACCAAGCGUGGUUCACAGGGCCGAUUGCGAAGACGACUGGGGACAUUGGGUUCGAAGUCGCGUUGGUGUUGACAGCCAUAUUUUAUGCUCCCCUGAGGUGGCUGGAAAUCAAGUUGCAGGGUCGGGUUUGA